CGCAGUAUCCAGAGCCGGGAACGCCGGGACAUCGCGAACCAAAUCAGCGGCUGCAGCCCCAGAAUCUGAGCUGUUGUGGUUAUUUAGCGGUACCGGGCAUUGCAGAUCAUUGAGCGGGGACUACCUUCCAUCUCCUGCAGGGCAUCCUCAUGCCUCCCCCGGGCUCUCCCGAUUCUCUCUCCGGUUUCAUCCUCCUUCUCUUUCUUCCUGCUCUCGUUAUAUCUGCGGAUGGCAACGGGGAGCCCUGCGGUGCCGAGCCGUGCGACAUCGGAGGGGCCCAGUUCGUUAUAGACCCUUGCAGGGCAAGUCCUUGUAACCAUGGAAAUUGCGUAGUACAUGUGGACAGUUACCUGUGCAUCUGCCAUGAUGGGUACACUGGAAUCAACUGCGAGUCUGCACUACCCAGCUACACGGGGGUCCCGACUACAGCACAGCCAGAGUUUGACCCCUCCACUACAGAGCCCAGGAUCGAAGCACCUCACUCCCCAGCUGCAUUGGCAUUGCCUAAGUGGAAGCCGAGGGCCGGUCAGAAGGUGGUAACCUUAAAGUGGGACGAAGUACAGAUUAUCCCUGAUGUUGCUUGUGGAAAUGCCAGCUCCAACACUUGCUCUGGUGGACGCCUCGUGUCCUUUGAAGUUCCUGAGAACACAUCCUUGAAGAUUUCUCAGGAUGUCACCGCUUCUCUCAUAUUGCUCUGGAAUGUAACAUCUGGCAGUUUCAACCAGUGCUCCCUUAUAGAUGGCAGAAGCGUUACCCUGCUCCAAGCUCCAGAAGGUCUUGUGCUCCCAGAGGAAAUGUUGGCUCUUGGGAACAACUACUUCAUUGGCUUUGUGAAUGAUUCUGUGAGUAAAUGCAUCGUGGCAUUACGUCUUGUCGUGGUGGUAAAGAUAUCUCACUGUGCACCCAAAGACGAUGGGAUUGAAGCUCCAGAGUGUUCUGGAAAAGGAGCUUGUGUCACCGAAAAGACAGAGGAUACAUAUUCUUGCCAGUGUGAAGCUGGUUACACAGGCACAUAUUGUGAGGAGUACGAUGCAUGCCAUGAUCAUCCCUGCCACAAUAAUGCCACUUGCACUGAUGCCUUACAAAAGCACAGUGGGAAUAAUGCAACCUGUACCUGUCUGCCAGGUUAUACCGGGGACCUGUGCGACUCUCUUGUGGAUCACUGCUCCCCACAACCAUGCAGGAAUGGAGCGACCUGUGUGACCAGUCUCAGUGGAUUCAGCUGCCAGUGUCCAGAAGGAUUCCUGGGUUCCUUCUGUGAAGAGAAGAUAGAUCCCUGCUCUACAUCUCCUUGCCUGAAUAAUGGAAGCUGCACCUCCAACGGACUCUCAUACUCCUGCCGAUGUAGUCCAGGUUAUACAGGACCAACCUGCGCUCAGCUGGUGGACUUUUGUGCUCUUAGCCCCUGUGCACAUGGGAUCUGCAGAAGUGUUGGAACCAGCUAUAAGUGUCUGUGCACGCCAGGUUACCAUGGGCUGUACUGUGAGGAGGAAUACAAUGAGUGCAUGUCGGCUCCCUGUCAGAACGGGGCUUCCUGUACGGAUCUGGUGAAUGGGUACCGGUGCACGUGCCCACCAGAAUAUGAAGGAAGGCACUGUGAGCUGUACAAGGACCCAUGUGUGAAUGUAACCUGUCAAAACGGUGGGACAUGUGACAGCGAAGGAAUGAAUGCCACUUGUAUUUGCACUUCAGGGUUCAUGGGUGAUGAAUGUGACAUUGAUGUAAAUGAGUGUGACAGUAACCCUUGCCACCAUUCUGGCACCUGUGUGGAUCAACCCAACGGCUACACCUGUCAUUGUCCACAUGGCUGGGUAGGAGCCAACUGCGAGAUCCACCUGCAGUGGAAAGCAGGGCACAUGGCUGAGAGUCUGACCAAUAUGCCUCGCCAUUCACUCUACAUUAUCAUCGGAGCACUCUGUGUAGCUUUUGUGCUCAUGUUGAUCAUUCUCAUCGUGGGAAUCUGCCGAAUCAGCCGCAUUGAGUACCAGGGAUCCUCCCGGCCAGCUUAUGAAGAGUUUUACAACUGCAGAAGUAUUGAUAGCGAGUUCAGCAGUGCAAUCGCUUCAAUCCGACACGCAAGGUUCGGAAAGAAGUCGCGACCUGCUAUGUAUGAUGCCACCCCGGUGGCUUAUGAGGAUUACAGCCCUGAUGACAAGCCUCUUGUUACGCUGAUCAAAACUAAGGAUUUGUAGUUUGCCCCUUCCCCAUGAUUGUUUAGAGCUCCCAAAAAAAGAGGGGACGUCUUCUAGCAAAAGAAUAAAUUACUAACUGACUAAUUCUUUUUAAGAAAAACAAACAAAAAAACGGAAUCAGAGGCGUAUUUCCACAUGGUGGAAUUCAUCCAUUCCACAUAUUAUUUGAGGCUCGCUUUCACCCAGCUGUGAAAUAACACUUUUCCUGGUAGUGGUCACUGUAGGUAGUUAAAGAAUUAACCCAUUGGGUGAAAUAAAAAGAUUUAUUAGCCAUGUCACCAUGUGCUAUUAAGAGAACUGUGCCCAAUCUGUGUCUGUAGACUGUAGGAAGCUUGUAUAACACAUCAUUUAUCCGUUAAAAAAAGCAUAUUAGAUGCCUACAAUGUUUGUGCUGUGAAGCAAGAAAAUUCAUGAUUCUAACCAAAAUUUGAAUUAGUUUUUUUGGUUUUUCAUUGGUGCAUGGUUUGCUAACAAUAUUCCUGUACUGUUUUCUAGAAAGUGCUCUUGAAUCGAUGUUCCCGUACAUACUUUUGUUGUGUUGGUAAAGCUGGCUCUUGUAUAAAUGAUAGGAAGCAGAUUAGUACUAGGCCGGGCUAUCAUUUUUCUCAAAAAUAGCAAGGUUUUUUCUAUAUUGUGAGUAAGCGACGCUUCUUUUAAGACAUUGCUGAUUCCCCGAAGAAUGUAUCUGCCCAUUAGCUUGUGCGUUUGCAUUGUGCUGUACACCUAUUUAUGUGAUAGCUAAUUUUGUUCCUUUAUUCUAGACUUUUUAAGCUUUGUUCUACUUGGAACCUCCAAAUAUUCUGAAUAAAUGUUAUCAAACUGG